UACAGAUUUUAUGCUACUCAAUUAAGGUAGUCGACGGAAUUUUUAUAAUUAUCGGAUUUCCCCAGUAAAUUAUGUUUUAAUUGUCCACACGCGCUUCCAUUCGCAAGCGAGUGAUUUGGUCGAGAGCUUCUGUGCACCAAAUUUGGCCCGUUUCUGUUUGGACUAAAGUACAGCAAGUUGGUAGGUACAUAUGCACCACAACCUAAAUAUAAACUGGCGAGUGGACCCAAACAUAUUGCCAAAUCGAUCGUGACAUGACAAGUUGAUGCCAAGCUAGCAGGGUCCUCGAAAAGAAAUUUACGAUCAGUAACUUUCGGGCGAAAGUCCGCAGCCGCUAGGGACAACGUGCACAGACGGACGGACGGACGGAAACCUCCAUUCCACUUUCCAAGCCCCCCUAAUCGCUACGUACGACCAGAAAAACGGCGGUGUAAAAACCGAUAUCAUAAUGACUAAUUAUAAAAGUGACAAGAACGACGUUCCAGUUCCGCUCGCCAAUGGAUCUACGGUACCACUCGUGGAGAUCCCAUCGAAGGACGAGGAAUCCGGCGAGUACAACCCCUUCGAGCACCGGAAACUCGCCCAUCCUACAUCAGACGCGGAUACCCUCAUUCACUUACUGAAGGGAAGCUUGGGGAGCGGAAUCCUGGCCAUGCCUUUAGCGUUCGCUAAUGCCGGGUUGGCAUUCGGUCUUGUUGCCACGUUUCUAAUCGGCGCGAUUUGCACCUACUGCGUGCACAUCUUGGUGAAAAGCGCCCACACGCUUUGCAUGCGGCGGAGAGUACCCGCGCUUGGUUUCGCUGAAGUAGCAGAGGCCGCUUUCCUUUCCGGCCCACAGUACCUGCACCAAUGGUCACCUUUUGCAAAGUCGAUGAUAAACCUCUUCCUCGUCAUCGACCUGAUCGGCUGCUGCUGCGUUUACAUAGUCUUCGUUUCGAAGAACGUAAAGCAAGUCGUGGAAGUCUACACCGAAACCGACGUCGACUUGCGCAUCUACAUGGUCGCCCUGCUACCCCUCCUCAUCGUGGUCAACCUCAUCCGAAACCUAAAAUAUCUAUCGCCACUCUCGAUGGUCGCCAAUCUACUAAUCGGCGCCGGAAUGUGCAUAACCUUCUACUACAUCUUCCAGGACUUACCUUCGCCGUCGUCUCGCGACCUCAUCGUCGACGUCACCAAGUGGCCGAUGUUCUUCGGCACCGCCAUUUUCGCGCUGGAGGGAAUCGGCGUCGUCAUGUCGCUCGAGAACAACAUGAAAACGCCGACGCACUUCAUCGGCUGCCCGGGAAUUUUGAACACCGGAAUGUCGGUCGUCGUCUUCCUCUACGCGUCCGUCGGUUUCUUCGGCUAUCUCAAGUACGGACCGGAUACGAAGGGGAGCAUCAGUUUGAAUUUGGAGAAAACCGAAAUAUUGGCGCAGUGCGUUAAAAUAAUGAUCGCCGUCGCCAUCUUCUUCACGUACAGCUUGCAGUUCUACGUUCCGAUGGAAAUCAUCUGGAAGAACCUGAAGCAUCACUUCGGCGCGCGCAGGUUGCUAGUCGAGUACAUCGUUCGCAUACAGCUGGUUGUGAUUACGGUCGUAAUCGCCGUCGCCAUUCCAAAUUUGGGCGGUUUCAUAUCGUUGGUCGGCGCCGUUUGCCUUUCGACCUUGGGCCUGAUCUUUCCGGCCGUCAUCGACCUGGUGACGUUCUACGAAGAUCCCGGAAUGGGCCGGUAUAAUUGGCGCCUGUGGAAGAACGUCCUGCUGAUCGGAUUCGGCGCGAUCGGUUUUAUAACUGGAUCGUACGUCAGUAUACUGGAAAUUAUAUCGGGAGAGUCGUCAUAACUGACAUGUAGUGAGACUAAGAUCGUAAAUAUGAGCGUUUGAGAAUCUCUAAGUCCAUGAGGCGUUGAGGAAUGUCGUAGUCAACGCUCAUUUUGAACGCUAAAGUUGUAUUUAGCUAGAUUAGAUUUCCUGACUGUAUGUUCCAUCUGUGAUUUUUAUACAGGUAGAACGUAAACGUAGUCCUAGAAUUUUGCCCAGUAGAUAACAUUUUCUAAAUUAGACUCGAAUGUGACUUUUGUAAUAGUUUCAAAAAUAAAAAAUCAAUGGUAUUUAUUUUCGUAGGUAAUAUUUAUUACUGAAAGUGGGUUUUGUAGUACUACUUAGAUCGUAGCUAGUUGCUCAACUUGAUAGUUCUUAGUAUGGUCAAAAUGACAGCUAUUGUAUACAGUAUUUAGUUCCAUUUUGAACUGUGACUUGGUGCCUUAAAACUGUAGUUUUAGAGUAUUUUGUUCAGUAUUUAUUUUAAAAUGGUUGUGAUCUUACGAUCGCUUCUGUGCGAGAACGGAAUAUGCACAGGGUAGAAUCUGUCGACACACAAUUUUCUCAAACCACAUUUUGCUCUUUUGUAAUACCAAAUUUGUAAGUUGUUUGUUCCUAUUAUAGUUGUUAAUUUUUCUAUGACAUUGUGUGUUUUACAGUUCUAAUAACUAAAGUAUUUGUUUGUUGAUAAAUUGUUUUUAUUAUAUAAUUACCGGAAUUUCUGUGAUUUACGUACUUGUAAAAAAAAUAGGUAACUCCGUAAUCACGCAGACAAAAGUACGUGAAGUGAGAAUUCAGCUAAUCAUUAAAUUAGGUAUAGGUAUAGUUGCAAGCUUUUUAGUUUUCAAUAGUUCAUACAUCGUAAAAUGCUGUAUUUACAAAACAUAUUUCAAUAAAAUUGUUUUCUUAUA